AUGGGCGUGGACCUUGGCACCACGUACAGCUGUGUCGGCGUUCUCAAGAACGGCACAGUCCAGAUCCUCUGCAACGACCAGGGUUUCCGGACGACCCCUUCAACCGUCACCUUCGUCCGGGACCUUAGCAUCACUGGCGAUGCCUCCGUCCUUAGCAUCACUGGCGAUGCCUCCGUGGCGCUGCAGAAGCCGGCCGCGAACACUGUGUUUGAUGCCAAGCGCUUGAUGGGCCUCAAGUUCAAAGAUGUUGCGCCGUCCGACUUGAAGCGCUGGCCGUUUCGAGUUGAGCCUGACGUUUUCGGCAAGGCAAGGAUCAUGGUCUCCUUGGAGGAUGAGGAGAAGGCGUUCUCCCCGGAGCAGAUAUCUUCCAUGGUUUUGACGAAGAUGAGAAAGACUGCGCGGGCUUACGUGUGUUCUCCGAUCACGAAUGCCGUUUUGACGGUACCGGCGUACUUCAAUGGCUCGCAGCGGCAGGCCACCAAAGAUGCAGGCGGAAUGGCUGGCCUGAAUGUGCUGCGCAUCAUUGAUGAGCCAGUUGCUGCUGCCAUUGCUUAUGGCCUGGACAAGAGGGGCGGUGCCGGAAAGAACAUCCUUGUCUACGAUCUGGGGGGCGGCACGCUCGACGUCGCGCUCCUGACGAUCGAAGAUCGUAAGUUCGAGGUGAAGGCAACCGCGGGGGACCGCCAUCUGGGCGGUGAGGACUUCGACGAUCGCAUUGUGGAGUUCUGCAUGAGGGACUUCAGGCGAAAGAAUCCGGAAAAAAACAUCACCGAUGCAGUGGCUUUGCGCCGUUUGCGGACGCAGUGCGAGCGCGCCAAACGAACGUUGUCUUCCUCCGUGCAGGCCACAAUCGAGAUCGCCUCCUUUUACGAGGGCAUCGACUACUCCUGCUCUCUGUCCCGUGCCUGCUUCGAGGAGCUGUGCAUGGACUAUUUUUGCAAAUCCAUUGGCCUAGUGGAAAGCUGCCUGAGGGAUGCUGGCAUGGACAAGGAGAAUGUCCACGACGUGGUGCUGGUUGGUGGCUCCACGUACAUUCCCAAGGUGAAGGGGAAUGAUCCAAGAGUUCUUCAACGGCAAGGAGCCCAGCAGCUUCAUCAACCCUGA